AUGGUGGGAGGGUGGAUCGAAGAAGAAUCUGAAGAUGGGGUAACGUGUGAUGCGCAUGUUCUUGCGCUUGUUGUUAAAGAUGCGGUUAUUUUGUAUCACAAGUCAAUUAGAAGGAUCCGAUCAGUUAUCAAGUAUGUUACCGGUUCUCCAUCUAGGUUAGCUAAAUUCAAAGAAUGUGAUGAUCUUGAGAAGAUUGAUUGCAAGAAGAUGGUUUUCUUAUAUGUGAAGACUAGGUGGAAUGCUACAUAUCUAAUGCUUGAAGCUUCCAUUCCAUAUGAGAAGGUCUUCAAGAGGUUAGAAAGAGAACAAAAGAACUUUCGACAUAAGUAUAUUUCCAAAGAAUCUGAAUGUGAAGUUUUACCUAAUACUGAUGAUGACACUAUUGUAAUUGAUAGUGAAGAUUAUUUUCUUAGUUCUAGUGAAUCUGAAUGUGAAGGAGAUUUGGCUUUGAUUCAUGAACAGUUGGUUCGUCUUAGAGCUAUAGUAAACCGAGAUUAUGAUAUUUCUUGGAUGGAAGAAGUAAUGUUUAAAAAGGUUGGAACUGUUUUGAAAGCUGUGAAACAAGAUAUGGGCCAACUAUAUGAAGAGUACAACACCAUGUAUUCAAAUACCAAUGCAGAUGAAGGUACUGGGUCAAAAACUGCUGCAGGUGUAGAUGCAUGGAAUUUUGAUAUUUUGGCUUGGUGGCAGGCUAAUAGUACCAAGUACAAGGUACUAUCACUUAUGGCGAAGGAUAUUUUGGUAAUACCAGUGUCCUCAGUUGCUUCAGAGUCUCCAUUCAGUACUGGAAAACGCAUUCUUACUCCAUGA